AUGAGAUAUGUAUCAGCGUAUAUGUUGGCAAUGAUGGGAUCCAAACAUCAUGUAACAGCGAAUGACAUUGAAAAUAUUCUCGGAUCGGUGGGCGUCGAUUGUGAACGUGUUAAAGCAGAAGAAGUUGUUAAGAAAAUGCAAGGAAAAACGUUGGAUGAACUGAUAACUGAAGGAUCAAAUUAUUUUGCAUCAGUAUCAACUUCGCCAUCUAUCGGUGUUACACCCGUUGCUACUGUUGCUGCUUCCUCUACCGAUACUAAAGAUGCUGUCACAGCUUUACCAGUGGAGAAACAGGGAAGGAAAGAGAAAGAGGAAGAGUCUGAUGAAGAUUUGGGCUUCGGGCUUUUUGAUUGA